AACACAUUAAAAUUACAGCCGUGUGCCUCCUUAAUUGAAUUAAAUAAUAUAUUGCUGAUUGAUAAUUGAAAACAGUUUGUUCUUCUCUCUAUAUUCCCAGAAAGUCAAUCCUCAACCACUACGGUUUGCGAUCAAUACCAAAUGGCUGCAGUCAGUAAUCUAUCACUGCGCUUUUGCUCUAUGUUAAUGGCUUUCCAUUUUGCUCUAUCUGCAUAUUUUCAAUUGAACGAUCCAGGUCAGUUUCAAUUGUUUUCAGAUUGGUAUUUUUGGUUUCCUCUCUAUGCCGUUGCUUGUGUUGUCAAUUUGGUCAACGGAGUGAAAACAGAGGAAAAAAGAAGAAAAAUGGCCAAAUUUGCAGUUUGGCUUGGGAUGUUCCUGUUCAUCAAGGUUAUAAUUGAAGAUUUUGUUGAUGAAAUAACUGGAUUUUGGUCAUUUGAUAUGCGAGAGAGAGUCGUUAGAGAAAAACUUGGAAGUGGAUUGGUUGUUGGCUCCAUGCUUAUGCAAUUGGAAUCAUUGGCACGCCCACCUCAUCCCAGCUGCACUCAAGUUGCAAAACUAGGAAUGCCAAUCUUGGUGGGGAUUAGUUACAGCCUUUCUUUGUUUUUCUUUGUAUUCCAACGCCGAGAAAUGAAAUUUUGAUCAGAAUGGUUCCUAUUUUUGUAACAUUCAAGUGCCAGUGCUAGUAACGAUUUUGUUCUAAUUAAUUUAUAUUCACAUGUACACGAAUAAAAGAUUUAACCAUGGACACUGAGAAAGGUGAAAGUCUAUUUAGCUUCUUCAA